AUGAGCAGAGCCAGGGCGGCGGGACGCGCUGUCAGCUUGAGGCCGGCUCCCGUUCCGCUGCCCGCAGCCCCGCCGCGGUCGGGUUCCCGGUGCUCGGGGGAGAGAGGUCGGACCUUGGUGUGCAGACGGGUGACAUGCCCCAGGACCCAGCGAGCUAGCCUGUGACCGGGGAACAUGCAGAGACUGCGGAGCGGCAGCAGUGGCCACUUCAUCCAGACCCUGUCAACCCUCCUUGCCUUUGUGUUGACCGAGGGGCUGUGUGAAGGCAGGCUCGGAGCACAGGAGCACCAUCUCCCUGGCCUGCCCGAGCAGGAGGUGGUUUACCCAGUUAAAGUUGACCACCUGGGCCGCUUCGUGUCCCACGAUGUGUCUCACCAGGUGAGGCGGCUGCGGCGCCGGGAACUGACGGCGGACCGGCCGCUCGGCCCCACCGUGUACUACAAGCUCUCGCACAAGGGCCGCCAGCUGUACUUCAACCUGACUCUCAACCAGGCUCUCCUUGCCCCGGGCUUCGUGGCUGAGAGGCGCUACGGGGGCGUGAGAGGGGCCGCGAUCAGCCGCCCUCGGCCCAACAGCUGCCACCUCAUCGGGAGAGUGCGGGGUCCGGCAGCCGGCAGCGGGGUUGCCGCUAUCAGCACCUGCCAUGGUUUGAAAGGUGUGUUCAGACUGUCGGAACAGGAUUACUUCAUUGAACCAUUGGAAGGGCAGCCCUGGGAGGAAGCUGCAGUACAACCCCACGUCAUUUACAAACGGCAUGCCCCGGAAGCAGAGGGAUCUCAGGACCCCCAGCGGUUGGAGGAACUUGUGGGCAGGUUGAGGAAGAUGAGCCCCAGUGAGAACCGAGUGUGUGGUGUGUCCGAUUCCCUGAAGGACUUGAAGCAUCUGGAAAAGAAACGGGAAAAAUGGGAAAAGAAGCAAGAGCACAAGAGACGGAUCAAGCAACGGUCAAUUAGCAAGGAGAGGUGGGUGGAGACGCUGGUUGUGGCUGACACUAAAAUGGUGGAGCAUCACGGAAGUGAAAACAUUGAGGCCUACGUCCUCACUGUUAUGAACAUGGUUGCUGGGUUGUUUCGUGAUGCCAGUAUCGGGAACUCUGUGAACAUCAUCAUCGUACGUCUUGUGCUGUUAGAGGAAGAUGAGGAGGACCUGAAGAUAACACAUCACGCAGAUAACACCCUGAGGAGCUUCUGCAAGUGGCAAAAAAAAAUCAACUUCAAGGGUGACAGCCAUCCGGCACACCAUGAUGUGGCCCUACUGCUCACUCGGAAGGACGUGUGCGCUGGCAUGAACCGUCCGUGCGAGACCCUGGGAUUGUCGCAUGUCUCUGGGAUGUGCCAGCCUCACAGGAGCUGCAGCAUCAAUGAAGACUCGGGCCUUCCCCUUGCAUUCACAGUCGCACAUGAGCUGGGACACAACUUUGGGAUCCAGCACGAUGGGAUCGGCAAUGACUGCGAGCCCAUUGGGAAGAGGCCGUUUAUCAUGUCUCCGCAGCUCCUGUACGACACCAGCCCACUGACCUGGUCUCGUUGCAGCAGGGAAUACAUCACGCGUUUCCUUGACCGCGGUUGGGGUCUCUGUCUAGACGAUCGACCCGCCAAGGAAGCCAUCAAAUUACCCUCAGCAGCACCGGGAGUGCUCUAUGAUGUCAAUCACCAGUGUCGGCUGCAGUACGGAGCCAAGUCGACGUUCUGCGAUAACGUGGAUAACGUCUGCAACACCUUGUGGUGCACCGUGGGAAACACUUGCCAUUCCAAGCUGGACGCUGCCGUGGAUGGUACAAAGUGUGGAGUGAACAAGUGGUGCUUCGGUGGAGACUGCAUAUCUACAGUCCACCAUCCUCAGAGUACGGAUGGAAAUUGGGGAGCGUGGAGCUCUUGGUCAUCUUGCAGUCGAAGCUGCAGUGCAGGAACACAGAGCGCAGAGAGGCACUGCAACAAUCCCACGCCCAAGUAUGGUGGCUCGUACUGUCUCGGAGAGAGGAAGAGAUUCAGGAUAUGCAACAUCAAGGCCUGCGUCUCAGACUCACCUUCCUUCCGUCAGAUGCAGUGCAGUCAGUUUGACACCAUGCCUUACAAGGGGAAGCUGCAUAAAUGGAUUCCUGUCCUCAGCAGAAUUAAUCCCUGUGAGCUACACUGCCGACCUGUAGAUGGCUAUUUCUCGGAGAAGAUGUUGGAUGCCGUGAUUGAUGGAACACCAUGCUUUGAGGGGAACACCAGCCGAGACAUGUGCAUCAAUGGAAUUUGCAAGAAUGUAGGCUGCGAUUAUGAAAUUGAUUCCAAUGCAGUGGAAGAUCGGUGUGGAGUCUGCCAAGGCAAUGGCUCUACCUGUGAGACAGUGAAAAAGACGUUUGAUAAGAGCGAAGGAUUGGGCUAUGUCGACAUUGGGCUGAUCCCUGAGGGUGCCCGAGAGAUCCGAAUCGAAGAGGUGGCAGAAGCAGGAAAUUUCCUAGCCUUGCGGAGCGAUGAUCCUGAGAAGUAUUUCUUAAAUGGCGGCUGGAUAAUCCAGUGGAACGGCGACUACAAGGUGGCUGGGACAACAUUCACCUAUGAACGAAAUGGAAACCUGGAGAACCUGACGUCACCAGGUCCCACCAGAGAGCCAGUGUGGAUUCAGCUGCUGUUCCAGGAGACUAACCCCGGGGUGCGCUUCGAAUACACCGUGCGGCGGGACCUGGAUCACGAGAAUGAGAUUCAGUCGCCAGAGUUUUUCUGGCGAUACGGCCUGUGGACGGAGUGCUCUGCGACCUGUGGAGGUGGUGUCCAAAGGCAGAUUGUGCACUGUCUGGAGAAGAUUGCGGGAAUUGUAGAAGAACAGUACUGCGACCUUGUGACUCGACCUGAUGACCAGCAACGGAGCUGUCACCCUGAGCCCUGCCCAGCCCGGUGGUGGGUCGGAGAGUGGCAGACAUGCUCUGCGUCUUGCGGAGAAACAGGAACCAUGAGGAGGACCACCCUGUGCAUCCAGAGCGUGGGGCUGGACGAGCAGCGGGCUCUCCAAGCCUCGGACUGCCAACACAUGCCCAAACCCGAAGACACCAGCCCUUGCAACAGGGAGAUCCCCUGCCCCUCAGACUGGAGCCUGGGCAGCUGGUCGAAGUGCUCUGUCACCUGCGGAGAAGGUGUGCAGGAACGCAACAUCGUGUGUCUGAACAACACCAACAUGACGUGCAGUCUCGAGAUGAAACCAGCUGCAAAUAGACCAUGUCACCUGAAGCUGUGCCCCGUACUCUGGCCGGGAUUCACACUGCAUGACUGGUCAGGAAGUGGAGCUUCCAGCAAGGAGCUAUACAAUGAAGUGGGAUUCAACCUGAAUUUUGGCCCCAGCACUACAAACCAAGAGGACAAUUCCAAUUUAAUCGCUCACAUUCCCAACUCCUAUCCUUCCCAUAUCAACACACAAACUCCACAGCCACAAUCCCCCGAAGAUAACAAGAUAACUAACCACAUCAUUGAAGAUGAUUUCACCGUCGACAGCAGCAAGAGUGAGGAAUCCUCCAGACCAAACGUGUUUGUGGAUGAUUUCUAUUAUGAUUAUAACUUCAUCAACUUCCACGAAGACCUUGACUACGAUCCAGAAGACAGGCUGGAUUUCAGUGAAGAGGAGAAGUUAGGUGAGAAUAUUAAACAUGAAGAAGAACAUUUGGAAACAAAUAACAUUUCAAACAACAUUUGGGAGAAGGUUCCCGAUCAAACUGAGGAUAGGACCUCUGUUGAAAAGCCAGGACCUGAUGAAUGGGAGGACAUUCCUUUGGAGUCAAUGGGAAACAAUCAGGAGGAAGUGGAGAUAAAUAAUAAUCAGAUUACAACUGCUACCUCAAAAGCAAACUCAGUGGAUGUUCACGAUAGUGAAGAAUAUACUACUGAUAAUCUCAGGGUUACAGAGGCUACACCAGGUAGAUUGUACAACACUGGCAGUGAAGAUAUUGAUAAAGACAUGUACGAGGAAGAUGAGUUGCUUCCUGUCCAGAAUACCACAACGCACAACGUUAAGGAGGUUAUUUAUCCUGGUUCUUCACUGAGUAAUGAUCAAGACACAGUUCUUAACACAGUAACGACCCAGAGACCUUAUUAUCACAACUCCCCAACACUACUCUUUCCCACCUCUUCACCUUAUGUAGACAUUCCCAGUGCUUCAACAACAAGUGAUCCCAAAUGGAAGCAGAAACAUCUGGUGAAAGACCAGGACAUUGGGGACCACAACACGAGUGCUGGUAAUGGCAGCAGUACUGAGCAGGGCCGUCAGUAUAAUCAAUAUGCUGAAGAUUUUGGAGAAUCCCCAGACAGUGUGCAGCGAGAAGAGGACCUGGAAUCGAGGGAGAGCAUGCAUGGUGAGGAGGCAGAUCCGUUGGGAGAUGAGGGAAGAGCUGGGAAGGAUGUGCCUGGGAUUCGAAGUGAGAUUUCAACUGUGACAGUCGGCAAUAGAGAGAAAUUAAGUGUUGACCACGGUCGCUCCCCACAGCAAGAGACCAAAACUGAGCAUCCAGCUGUUACCAUUAACUACUGGGGAGACCUCACUUCUGUCACCAGCAGUGCUACUCCCACGCCUCCCAUCCCAAUUGAUCCAAAUGACAUUCCUGCUUCAGAAGAGAUCCAUUGGCCAAUGAGGCACGGACAAACCAGGCCAAGGUGGCCAGAUGGGCGUAGUUUAAGCAGCUCUUCAGAAUUCCCAGGAAAGGUUGAAACCUCAUCAGGAAAUGUAUUUCUACCUGGUGUGUCUGACUAUAACACUGACCAAGCGGAUGUGCACACUCAACUUAAUCCUCCUUUGCCACGGGCUGACGUAUUCAUCACAUCAGUUGCAACCACGUCAGUAGCAGUGCUGCCACCAGAAGCAAGUCAGCUGCCAGUGGCGGGAGCAUCUCCUGCAACUACUGCGUUGUUGCCAGAACUGGACUCUCCACUGCAAGACCGGGGUGCAACCGAGGGGAACCAGAGAAACAGUCUGCAAUCAGUUCAGGCAACACCCUCCGGCCACUCAUUUGUUCAUCUGGUGCCUUCAGAUUCGAGCUCCACUGUGUCAGUGCACACACAUCAAGAGAGGACAAGGCCAGUGGAAGCCCCAUCACCAACAUCUCCAACGACUACAGAAGCCAUGUCCCCCACAACCACUACCUCUCCUGCUGACAUUGUCCCUGGUCCUAACUUGUCAGCAACUGCCUCAGGAAGCCCUGACUCAGAUCUAAGUCCACAGCAGAUGUUAACAGAUGGUGCGACGGAGCCAGGCGACACUCCACCUGUGGGUUCUCCUUCUUGGACUAAUGACUUGAUGCUCCUGGAGCAGGUUUCAACAACGCUUGGGUCCAGCUUCCGCUCAAGUAAAACAAGAACUGAUUUAGCAAGGUCCAGCACUGGAGCUGAGUCCGAGGAGGGCAAGGCCCAUCCUGGAAACACUGAUGCGGGAGAUGCCGACUCAGGAGUUGGGACUGGUUCCCUGAGAUCUGUGGUGGGGAAUUCACCAGUACCAGUCUCUACCGUUCGUCUUCCGGGUCUCUCCAGGCACAUCCCGUCUCCGAGGCCAACGCUGGGUAGCCAGGCAACUUCAACUGACUCAGUGAAGGGAGCAGCUCCUGAGGCCAACAUGGAAUCCCUCACGUACUGGGUGGUUGGAAACUGGAGUGAGUGUUCCACCACGUGUGGCCUGGGAGCAAUAUGGAGAACAGUGCAGUGUAGCUCCGGUUCGGACGAUGACUGCGAUACGACCAAGAGGCCGGUCCCGGCUCGGAGAUGCUACAUCCGACCCUGCUCAGCAUGGCGUGUAGGUAACUGGAGCAAAUGCUCCAAGAACUGUGGAGGUGGGGUGAAGAUCCGAGACAUCCAGUGUAUUGACAUCAGGGACAGACGACCCCUGCGACCCUUCCAUUGUCAGCCUGUCCUCCACAAGCCGCCCACCAGCCUCGCUUGCAACUCUAAACCUUGCAUGGACUGGUACAUGUCAUCAUGGGGAGAGUGCUCAAAGGCCUGUGGUGGAGGCGUGCAGGAGAGGCUGGUCAUGUGCCCCGAAUUUGGCCACUGUGAUGAAAUGCUGCGCAUGAACAGCACCAGGGCGUGCAAUGUCCAUCCCUGCACCAAGUGGAUGAAGGGUUCGUGGGGACAGUGCACUGCUACCUGUGGCGGAGGGAUACAGCGACGUCUGGUGAAGUGCAUAAACACAGUGACGGGGCGGGCAGAGGAAGACAGUAACCAGUGUGACCACGAGCCCUGGCCUGAAAACACCCAGAAAUGUAACCUGCAGGAGUGCAACAACACUGACCACAGUUACACCUGUGAGCGAGAUCGGCUGACCUUCACCUUCUGCCAGACGCUGAAGCUUUUGGACCGAUGUUACCUUCAGACCGUCCGGGCACAGUGCUGCAAAACGUGCCAACGACAUGGAACAAGAGACCGCGGCAAUGAGCGCAUCUCACGGAGAUGAGCAGCGGACCUGGAAUGCAAUGCAGCAAACAAGAAACUUUUAAGAAAAUAACGAUACGAGGAGAAAGUAUUACAGGGACUGAAAGGCACAAAAGCAAUUCAGGAAAAAGAUAUGUAAGAAAACACUGAAAUCUGGAGUUUUUUAAUAUUUAUGUAUAUAUAAAUGAGAGAGACAUUCUUUCAGUAUUCUUGUUCAUGCAACCAUUUAACAGGACAACAACCCUAACUGUUGAUUGAAGCCAAGAUUUUACAGUGUUGAGGUUGCAGGAUAAGGCCUGAGGCCCAUGGUUGCUAUAGUUACACAUGUCCUUUCAAGUAAAUGGUGCUCCAAAGUUUGAAGAAUGACACUUUCCCAUUGACAACACGACCUCAGCCGUCUCUUCAAAGUGGUUCGGGGAUGGGCGAGAAUGAACGUGUCUCCUGGUGCUCUGUGUCUGAGCAGUGCCCUGUAACCUAUCCUGGGUGUUGCCGGACAGCACAGAAUCUUUUCAUACUUGAACGUUUUUUUUAUAUGAAACCUAUUUUCAACUUACAGAAGUUUUUGUUGAGCAUUUAUCAUUCUGAUUAAUGUACAUUAUUCUGGAAACAGAACUGUGGUGCUAAUACUUAAGAAGCAUUGUACAACCUAUACCUAUCACAACAGGACACAGGCCACACUGAUCUCUGUACUGAGUAACGUGUGUGUGUGAGUAUGUUACUACGGAAAUGAACACUCUCUUAUUGCAACGAGGGUCAUGUCAAACAGCUGUUGAUGAUGUUUGAGUCUCUAGUGUAUACUUUCCUGGGGCAGCAUUAAAAUGGAAUCUUUUUUUUAUAUUCUGUCCAUAUACUUUCCAGGUUUGAGUUUAAGACAUACAAGACAAACGGAGGCUAUGUAAUCCGUGCCAGCAGAGUAAUCCCUUCAAUCCCAUCCCCCUCUUUAUUUCCCUGUACCCCUGGAACUGAUUCACUCUCACCUCCUCAUCAAUGCUCCCUUGAUUUGUUUCAAACCUAACUGCACUAAGGGCAAUUUACAGUGACCAAUUUAACCUCCCGGCACAACUUUGGGACGUGGGAGGAAACAGAAGCAACCAGGGGAAACCCACGCGGUCGCAGGGAAGACGUGCAAACUCCACACAGACAGCACCCGAGGUCAGGAUUGAAGCUGGGUCACUUGAGCUGUGAGGCAGCAGCUCUAGCCCUGCACUGCCUGAAGCAGAAUGAGUGAGAAGAGGGAAAGAAAUUUCACUCUGCCUCUGACCUGGGUUGUACCAAAUCUGGAAAUGCUUAACGCUAAAUCUAAACGCAAAAGGAAAUGGCACAAAAUUAUUUUUCCAGCUCUGAUAUGCUCAUUUAACAAGGACAAGCUCAAAGCCUCCCCAGCUUCUCAACUAACAGAGAACGCCCCUCGCCGGUGUUCCAUUUGAGUCCUCGCUGGGCAAGAGAUCUUGUGUCCAUGUUGCUGUGUCCAUGUUGCUGUGUCCCAGGGGACUGCUGGAGACUUGCCUGCAGUUUGAAUGUUAAGUCAGGAUGAUGAGUUCAGUGUUCAGGCAACUUUUAUACGUUUACGGUUCUUUUAUUAAACUUGUUUUAUCAAAA